GGUGAGGAGUUAACAACAACUGCGUCGGUUGGCAGCGGACUACCGAAAACAAACGGUCGGGUGAGACGGUGUGCUGUGACUAUCUGUCCGUGUAGUCUUCACCGGUCCUCACACACAGCUACACACACACAAACGCGCGCAGUAGCCUACUGCCAAAUCGUGCGGUCUCUCACGCGCAUACUCUCUGCUAGCCAGACAGAUACAGAAGCAAUGGGAGACAAUUACUGAGGCAACCACGGAGAGAUACACACCGAGACCGACUAUGGCUGUGGACGCAGCGUCCAGCUUCAGUUUCUGCCGUGCGUCCCUGGAGCACACAGUGUCUGUAGAGGAGCUCAGCUACCAGCUGCCUCGUCGGCCAGGGGCCAGUCUGACCUGGCACGAUGGGAGGGGGCAGAAGAACACACACACCGUCAAACUACUGCAGCAGCCUGGCACAGAGGGCAUACAGCUGCGUCCAGGCGAAGCCUUCACUGUGUACCACACCAGCCCUACUCUGUCCAGUCUGUCCAAACCAGUGGUUCUGUGGACCCAACAGGAUGUCUGCAAGUGGCUGAAGAAACACUGUCCCCACAACUACCUGACCUACGUAGAAGCCUUCUCCCACCAUGCUAUCACAGGUCGCGCAUUGCUGAGGUUGAACGGGGAGAAGUUGGAGAGGAUGGGCAUUGUCCAAGAAACAUUGAGACAGGAGGUUCUACAGCAGGUCCUUCAGCUACAAGUCAGAGAGGAGGUCCGCAACCUGCAGUUGCUCAGCAGAGCCUCCUUUGGAAACAUCUCUUAGCUCAUCCCUCCGUCCGUUUGGCAGCCCUCACUCUCCUCUGCUAUUUCCAGUAGCCAUGGAAGGACCUGCUCACUCCAGAUAUGUGAACGCAGAAUAGGGCUGUGAGAGGAGGGAAGAAAGGAGGGGAGAGAGGACAGAAAAGAAGAGAGAAGAGGAGCCUUUAGACUACAUGCCAAACACACUGAAGGAGGUUUCCCAUUCAACAAGGCCAAACUGGUUUAAAUGGAGAGAGAGAGAGAGAGAGAGAGAGAGAGAGAGAGAGAG